AUGAAAGUGCUGGAAGACAUGGCCGAUUACAUCAAAGGACCGGAUACCAAUUACACUUCCAACCUGGAGGAGUCAGUCAAUGAUGAUCUUCAAUCAGGUUCGGUGGGUCACAUCUCACCCUCCAUUCCCACAUUCACCGUUGGAGGUGAUGCAAGCGGGAGAGUGAUGUUUCCCGAUAUUCAGGUGCAGAAUGUGGUGAUUCUGUCUCUGGUCCUCACCGUGGGACUUUUGGCCAACUUCUUGGCCUUGCCCGUGAUCUUGUUUCGACGGACCAAAUUUGGCAACGGUCUCUUUGCCGUGCUGAUUCUCUGCCUCACUCUGAGUGACGUGGCUGUGAUAUUAUUUAGUGUUUUGGGAUCGUUGGUGGUGGAGGCGAGUAAUUUGUUGUGGGGUGGCACACCCGGAUCAUGCAAGGUCUACCAUUGGCUUUCCGCUUGGCUAUCAGGGCUAUCCGCCUAUCUUUUGGUGGCAAUAAUAGGCAUGGUGAUGGUGAAAACCACAAAUUCUUGCUUGCAACGGCUCCGGGAUUGCCGGUGGCUACUUUUAGCUCUUCUAGUCGCCUCGGGGCUCUUGGCUCUGCCCGAACUUUUCAUUCGGUCCACCGUGGACCUGGGACUGGAUGGAGCCAUUCAACAAGAUAUCUGCAUCCUUGGCGCCAAAGGCACUGAGUAUGGUUUCUAUGUGGCAUUCAGAUUGACACUUCGUCACGUGGUCCCCGCCAUAUUGGUCAUUAUGACCAUUCUCAGGCCGGAGACCAAAUUGUCAAAGCGAGUGUCACAUCUCUUCUUCGGUCAUCUGUCAACCCCUUGUGCGUGUGGAGAUGGAGGAGCUGCCUUGGGGCUGCCCCACGAGUGCCCAACAAUGCAAACGGCCAUGCUGAAGAACUCGGAUACUUCAGCUCGAGAGUCUCCUAAUCCAGCCGCAAAUGGUCAUGUCAUCAAUACUGUACCACCGACCACCAUCUCAACCUCGCGUCCAGAUUUGGUCAUGGAUUCGGAGCCAAUCAAUGGUCACAAUGGCCACACCAACGGCCUGGUGAGUAAUGGCAACGGGGCCAAGAUAAGGUUCAUCCGUAAGGGCGGAGGUCGAUUCCGAAAGCUCCUCAUCCAACCCGAGGAUCCGCAUCGGCGGCGAUACAAGCUAUUUCUGUCCAUCCACUUCCUCCUCUGCACCCUCUUGAACUUCACCCUGGAUCUGGCUUUUCAGAUCCAAUCGGCCGAAUCCAGUCAGGACCUGGUUUGGACGUCCACAGCCGCACCUCUCAGUGUAGAAUACACGAAUCAUAGUGAGAAUUUGGCAACUGCCAUCUACACGUUUGCUCAUCUCCAGCAAAUUGGCGAUCCCAUCAUUUUCCUGCUAGCAGAGUUCGCAUUUGGCUAACCAAGAAUGUCAAGGAAAGAAGGGAAAAAAAGUGACAAUAUUUUGAACAAAAAUACAGAAGAGGCGAAAAAAUGCCACCACACCCAUUCUUUGAGCACGCAGUUACCAACACAAAUUACGGGGUGGCCAUUGGCUUAUUUCCGAACGGGCCACCCUAUCACCUACUCACGGAAUGGUGACUGCCUUGAAAAAGAUUUGUCUUUGAGGGUUCCUCAUUUCUUUUCCUUGAACCGAGUGAAAAUUGAGCGAAGUGAAUGAAAUGUUAAUGCUCAUCCAUUUGUUUGUCUGAGAAGAAUUGAGCCAAAGGGGUGACUGAGCUUGGGACCCCCAAAAGUUUAGCCUUUUUACUUGCUCAGAAGUCAUGAACUCACCCAACGACCUCAACAGACGGUGUUUUGUGUCUCAAUGUCACAGGGAAUCAAAGCAUCAGACUUUUCCCAGUCUUCCGUGUAAUAGAACAAUCAGCCAAGACCUUCCAACAAACUCCUCCUCCAUCUCCUCCUCCUUCUCCAUCACUUUUUCUUGGCAUACUGUCUGGUCACGAUGUGCAUAUUGGAAGUGAAACUUGAAUAACACGUUCCUCCUGCUCUAUCACAAUUGACUCAUCGGUAAACAGAGAGAGAGAGAGAGAGAGAGAGAGAGAGAGAGAGAGAGAGAGCAGAGGAAGCACACUUUUUCAUCUCCCUCUAAAUUUUCCUACAGCUUGCCCUAACCGCCAGUCAGAAAUGAUUUCGCCCCGUGUUAAUAGCUUAUGCAUAAUCUGAAAGAACAUGCCGCAAAUUAUGCAAACGCCUCUUUCCCCAUCUUCCACGACCCCAACCCCUUUUACACCCAGUUAGUACGUA